CGAUGUCGCCGCCCAGCUGCUGAUCACCGCACCCCCUUCCCGCAUCGGUGUGGGGCGGCGGAGAUCCGGAUGGAGGCGGGAAGCCUCCCGCGCAAAGCGGGAAUGGAGGUAAAUUGCUUAACACUAAAAGAUCUGAUCAACCCCAGGCAGCCCAGGGAUUUUGCAAUUGAAGAUGGAGAACAUGCACAAAAGGAAAAUAUAUUUAUUGAUCGAUUGAGGAUGGCCCCAAAGACGCCAAUAAAAAAUGAACCAAUUGAUUUAUCGAAGCAAAAAAUCUUCAGUCCGGAGAGAAAUCCCAUCACUCCAGUUAAGCAUGUGGACAGACAGCAGGCAGAGCCGUGGACACCCACAGCCAACCUGAAGAUGCUCAUUAGCGCUGCCAGCCCAGACAUCAGGGACCGGGAGAAGAAGAAGGGACUCUUCAGACCCAUUGAAAACAAGGAUGACGCGUUUACAGACUCGCUACAGCUCGAUGUUGUUGGGGACAGCACUGUGGACGAAUUUGAAAAGCAGAGGCCAAGCAGGAAACAGAAAAGUUUAGGCCUCCUGUGCCAGAAGUUUCUAGCUCGCUAUCCAAGUUAUCCUUUGUCGACUGAGAAAACUACCAUCUCCCUCGAUGAAGUUGCUGUCAGUCUUGGUGUGGAAAGGAGACGUAUCUAUGACAUUGUGAAUGUGCUGGAGUCACUGCAUCUGGUCAGCCGGGUGGCCAAGAAUCAGUAUGGCUGGCAUGGACGGCACAGCCUGCCAAAAACCCUGAGGAACCUCCAGAGACUAGGAGAGGAGCAGAAAUAUGAAGAGCAGAUGGCAUUCCUCCAGCAGAAAGAGCUGGAUCUGAUGGAUUACAAAUUUGGAGAACGGAAGAAAGAUGGCUACCCAGAGGCCCAAGACCCACAGUUAGUGGAUUUCUCUGAACCCGACUAUCCCUCUUCAUCAGCAAACAGUAGAAAGGACAAGUCCCUGAGAAUUAUGAGCCAGAAGUUUGUCAUGCUGUUCCUCGUCUCUAAAACCAAGAUCGUUACUCUGGAUGUGGCAGCCAAAAUACUGAUCGAAGAAGGCCACGAUACCCCAGACCACAGUAAAUUUAAAACCAAGGUACGACGCCUCUAUGAUAUAGCUAAUGUUCUGACCAGCUUGGCUCUGAUAAAGAAAGUGCACGUGACGGAGGAACGUGGCCGCAAACCAGCCUUCAAAUGGAUCGGGCCCGUGGACUUCAGCUCCAGUGACGAACAACGCGUGGAUGUUUCUGCAUCUGUCUCACCAGAAUUGAAAAGAGAAACAUACGGUCAGAUCCAAGUCUGCACAAAACAGAAGCUGGCUCGUCAUGGCUCUUUUAACACAGUUCAGGCUUCUGGGAGGAUCCAGAGGAAAGUAAACUCGGAACCCAGCAGCCCAUACAGAGAAGAACAAGGGUCAGGGUGCUACUCUUUAAAAAUUGGAAGCCUGGCUGCUGUCUACAGACAGAAAAUAGAAGACAGUUCCUGGGGGGAAGCCUUGGACAGUAAGCGAGUGGAACCAUCAAGCAGCUUGGACCCUGUUGUUCCUUUCCCUGUCCUCUCUGUCGACCCUGAAUACGGUGUUAAUCCUUUAGACCACUCAGUAUUUUCGGUUGCUCACAUGGACCUGCAGACAUUCUCCAGGCAGAACAGCCUGAGUGGACAAGUAGAUGUCUCAGUCACGUCCGUAGCCUCUGCCGUGGAGAGCUUGAAGCCAGCUCUACUUGCCGGCCAGCCCUUCUUGUGUGUGCCGGCCACCUCGCUGUUCAUGCUGUGUGGGGGCCUGCAGGAGGGGCUGUCCCCGGGGUCCGGGCCAGAAAAGGAUGGCAGAAUUUCCGAAGCUCCAGGGUCAGGAGAGCUGUCGUCGGCACCCUCGGCUCAGAAGCGCCUCUGUGAGAAACAGCCAGAGGCGGAGCCAGCGACAAAAAGACCAAGUAGGGACUAUGAAGAGAGCUCCCUGUCACUCAUCAUGCUCAAGACACCCUCAGAUUCCACAGACUUUGCCUCUCCCGGGACUCUGGGGAGCUGGGCAUUCACACCCCUCGAAGACAUUCAUGGGAACCGCCAGCUCCGUGCUUCCGAGGAGGCGUCAGGAAAGGCGACUGCAAACUGCUUUGCUUCCUCUGAGUGGGGACAUCCUUCUACUGAUGUGGAAAAGCCUUCAAAAGAAAAUGAAAGCACCAAAGAUUCCUCUUUGUUGCAAUAUUUUUAUGUGCAGCCUCCAGCCGGAUUAAAUGGCUUUAAUGUGGUCUUCCCUGGAGGUCAGAACCCCCACUCCGGGGGCCCGCCCGCGGGUCAGCUGCCGCCCUUCGGUGUUCCCUGCAUGGUCGUGCCAGCUCCAACUCCAGGCCCUUUUCCUGUGCUCUGUUCUCCCGCAAUGCCUGGCCUGGUUUCUUCUGCUCCUGGCACUCUCGCCAACACAGGACCUGUGAACUUCAGCUUGCCUGGCCCUGGAUCAGCAGCUCAUCUUGUCAUCGGCCCUGCAGGCAUAGUUAAUCCAAAGUCAUCCACACUCUCUUCUGCAGACCCUCAGCUUCAGGGUCAGCCCUCACUUAACCUGAGUCCUGUUAUGUCAAGGUCACACAAUGUCAUCCAACCUGAGUCCCCCAUUUAUGUGGGACAUCCAGUCUCAGUCAAAUUACAAAAGUCUCCAGUUCCAGUGACCCCCAAGAGCAUCCGUCACACACAGCGUGAAACGUUUUUCAAAACCCCUGGCAGCCUCGGAGACCCUGUCCCGAAGAGAAGAGAAAAGAGUCAGUCGCGAAACGCCAGUUCGGCUCAGAGGAGGCUGGAGAUCCCGGGCAGUGGGGCUGACUAACCGCCACCGGGGCCAUGGGGUCAAACCAUCUGACUUUUUCCCUGUGUUC